AUGUCCGAUCAAGAAUUAUACCUGCUCAACAACCGGGACCAAACAGAGUCUCAGCGGCUAGACUUGCAACACGAGAUUAUAGCCAGCUUCAUGGGGUACGAGCUGUUGCACCCCUCGAUCAGCAUCGAAAUGAACAAUGGCCUGAAUAUUGCCGAUGUGGGCACAGGCACAGGGAUAUGGCUGAAGCGUCUGUCAUCCUGCCUCAAGCCUCAUCCCACAGUGCCAGCCUGCCAUCUGCAUGGCUUUGAUAUCUCCAGUGACCAGUUUCCCGGCGAACAAGAAGAUAUUGAUUUCACGAUCCACGACAUCACCCAGCCGUUUCCAAGUGAGCAUCUGGGCCGCUACGAUAUUGUCCAUAUUCGAUUACUUGUUUUGGCUCUUCGGGGGCCUGAUAUUGUUAAAGCACUGGGAAAUGUGAUUCAACUUCUGCGCCCGAGUGGAUUCCUCCAGUGGGAAGAUGUGGACUGGUGCUAUACAGCACUUAGUCGACCAGGCCAGAAGACACCUGAAGCUCUAGAGUUGAUACUUGAGUAUAUGGGAAGUGCUGGUCUUUCAGGGCGGCUCUCGGACCUUCUUAUAAACGAAGGCAAGAAGCUUGAAUUACAAGAGCUUCGGAAAUAUGAAUACAGCACACUUGAAAACCCUGACCACUACGCGGACAUACAGCUAUGGUUUGACCAGAUAAUCCAAACCAUACUGCCCGUCACAGUUUUACGGAGCGGACAAGCUGGAGGCCAGGACGAGGCCAAAGAUAUGGCUUCUCAGAUGAUGGAGGAGAUAAGAGCUGCCUAUUCUGGUGGAAGCGUCCCCGAUCUGAGGGUUUCAACAGUUAUAGGGAGGAGAAAUUGCUGA